AUGGACUCGGCCGUGCGAUCCGUCUUUACUGGGACGCUGGCCGAGAUUCUGACCGCGUGCUCGGUCUCGGUGACAAUGAUUGGUGAGAACAACCAAGGGGAUCGACCCUUGGGAACCGAGGAGGAAGUUAACCAGCGGCGCUCGAGACACCAAAGACAUCGACCCGAACCACUAGCCCUGCAGGCAGAAGAUGUCGAGAAGUUAGUGAAUGACCGACUCCAAAGUCUCCAACUUAAAGGAAGCACGGAUGAGGCCCUGCACAAGGAAAUUGCUCGAGUCGACUGCUCACCCUUUACAGAUGAGGUGGAACGCGCCGCACUGCCGAAGCGGUUCACAAUGCCAUCCAUCACUCUGUUCAAGGGAGACUCCGACCCUGAGAGCCAUUUGAGGCACUUUAAGAGUGCCAUGAUCCUGUACAAGGCAGACGACGCCCUGAUGUGCAAAGUGUUCGUGAUGACUCUGCAAGGAGCAGCUCAAGACUGGUUCCACACUCUACCGUCCGCGUCGAUAGGCAACUUCAAGGAGUUCGCCCUCAUCUUCACAAAGGAGUACACCUCCUACAGGACGGUUAGAAAGCAUGCAGACCACUUGUUCAACCUGCACAAGAAACCAGAUGAGUCUCCUCGAGACUACCUCAGACGGUUCAAGGCUGAGAAGGCGAACAUCAUAGGAUGCAAUGACCAAGUGGCAUCGUCAGCUUUUAAGAAAGGCUUGCCAACCGAACAUGAGCUAUAUCGUGAGCUGGCCAUAACUCCAAGCCAAACCUUGGCAGAGGUCUUCGCGACGGCAGAGCAAUACGCACUUUGGGAAGACAAUCGUAUUGCGGCGAAGAAAGCCAGCAAGCAAGCUGCUGAUCACCCGACAAGGCAGAUCCUUGCACAAGUGAAGGACAAGCCGUGGGUGAGAAGACCACCACCCAUGAAGGGAGACCCCUUCAGGAGGGACACCAAUAAAUACUGCGCAUUCCAUGGGGAGCAUGGUCAUUACACAAACAACUGCAACGCCUGGAAAAGGCACCUUGAGGAGCUGGUCAGAGACGGCCAUUGCACAGAAUUCGUCGCAAAGAAGGCCAUCCAGCAGAUUGAGGAUCGUGAUGCGGCUGCCAAGGAACCUUCCCAAAAGGUCAUAAGGAUCAACACCAUUCUAGCUUACUCCCAGGAGUCCGGGCUGACCACCAGGGAGCGCAAGAGAAAGAUCGCGCAGGCGACUUAUAUCUCCCAAGUCACAACGGGCGUACCGAUGGGAUUGGAGCCUAAGAUCAACAAACUAGCCAGAUCACUCACCGGCUUCAAUGGGGCCACAUCAAUCACUGUUGGAACAAUUGACCUAGACGUCCACUCACCCCCAGUGGUCUGCUUGCAAACCUUCAUGGUCAUCGACGAGGUCUCUCCCUACAACGGGAUUUUGGGCCGACCAUGGAUCAGCAAAAUCGAAGCCAUCACAUCUGCUCUACACCAGAAGAUCCGCUACCCCAUCCCUGGGGGCGAGAUCGGGCAGAUCAACAGUGACCAAGCCAUGGCGAGGAGAUGCACAGCCCAAGGGCUCAAGAAGAGCAAGCAGUUGCAGUUCACACUAGUAAUGCAGGCUACUGACGUGGCAGGAAACACUCUCAGCAGACAAGCAAGCCCGAACAGGAAGGGAGUUGCUACCUCAAAAUAG